CGGACCGGGAAGAGCUUUGCUGCCUCUUCCGGGAGGGGGUGCGCGGCGUGGAGCGGCCCGUCCCGUCGCCAUGGCGGCCGUGCGGGUGGAGGAGGUGCUGGCGGCCGCCGAGGAGGAGGAGGCGGAGAAGCGGCGGAGCGUGACGGUGGAGAAGGAGCUGGAGCUGGAGUUCGACCUGGGCAACCUGCUGGCGCUGGACCGUAACCCGGCGGCGGCGCUCCGCGGGGCCGGCCCGCGGCGGGAAGCGGCGCUGCGGGCGCUGGCCCGCGGCAACACGCAGCUGCUGGUGGCGCGGCUGUGGGAGCUGCCGGCCGAGCGGGCCGGCGGGGCCGGGGGCCCGCUGGUGGCGCGGCUGCCCGAGCCGGCCUUCCGCCUGCCGCGGGAGAAGCCGCCGCCGCGGCCGCGGCCGCCCACGCGGUGGGAGCAGUUCGCGCGGCUGAAGGGCAUCCGGCGGCGCAAGCGGGCCUCGCUGGUGUGGGACGAGGAGGCCAAGGAGUGGCGGAGGCGCUGGGGCUACCGGCGGGCGGGCGGCGACCCGGCCCGCGCCUGGCUGGCGGAGGUGCCGGCGGGCGCCGACCCGGAGGAGGACCAGUUCGCCCGGCUGCGGCGGGAGAAGCGGGAGCGGGUGGCCCGCAACGAGCUCAACCGCCUCCGCAACCUGGCCCGAGCCCACCGGGCCGGCACCGCCGCUGCCCCCCUCCACCCCACCGGCCACCAGAGCCGGGAGGAGCUGGGCCACGUCGCCCGCGUUGCCCGCCUCUCCACCGCCUCGCUCGGGCGCUUCCAGCCCCGGCUGCCCAAGGAGCCGGCGGAGCUGCCGUCCCGCAGCGGUGGGAGGAAGCGUCGCUUCGAACCGCUGCUGGGUGACCUGGCAGCCGAGCGCAGCCGGCAGCUGGAGCUGCUGCGGGACAUGGGCAGCAAGAAGCCGGUCCUCGACAUCACCCGCGCUGUCAACAAGCAGCUGCGCCAGGAGGAAGCCGAGGCGGCGGCCGCCAAGGGCAAGAAGCAGUCGCAGCGGGGGAAGCGAGGUCGCCGGCAGCAGCGGGCUGGCCGCAGCGGCAAAAAGAGCGGAGCCCGGCGGCGGCAGCAGCAGCAGCGGCCGGUGGGCAGCAGCACUGGCGGUGGCAAGAGAAAGAAGGCAUGAGGGACUGCGUGCGGCACGGGGCCAGGGAUGCCCGCUGAGGUGCGGGAAGGGACUGUCGCUGCCAGCCUCCCCCCUACUGCUCUAUUCCACACCUAUUUGUCAAUAAACGCAGACCGGCUUUUCUGAAA